UGGCUGGGAGGCAGCAGUCACCCGGUCUCUUCGAGUGGACCUUGAUCCCCCCCCCCCCCUGAGGUAAAACAGGAGUCUUUUAAACUAACCGACUAACCGAAAACAACUACUUCUGUUGGCUCCUAAACAAGCCCCGUUUUUUUAGGACACCUUAUAUCCUGCAGGUGUGGCGCUGUUUGUCCCACUGACCAGCUCGGCCUCAGAAAGACCUUCAUGGUUUCAAAGUGCUGAGGAACCCGCCAGCAGCAAGUACCUGAGGGGCGAGCUGCGGACCGGGGCGGUGGUGAAUGUCGACGGGACGUCCAGCCGGUUGGCCCUUUCUCUGUGAAUGGAUUAGAGGCGAGUUGCGACCAUGCGCUGCCUGGCUGCCCGGGUGAACUACAAGACCCUCAUCGUCAUCUGCGCCCUCUUCACCCUCAUCACCGUGUUGCUGUGGAACCGCUGCUCCAGCGACUCCUCCCUCCGCUUCCUGCCCCGCGACACCUCGGCUCCGAGUCCCAAGGUGGGCGACGCCAGCAUCAGCAGCCAGCAGCACCCCCCGCAGCCCCCGGAGCCCCCGCCCGUCGUCGGGGCAGCCUCGGGGAUCAAGUACGAGGACAUCGACUGCCUGGUCAACGAUGAAUCCACCAUCAAGGGCCGGCGGGAGGGCGCGGAGGUGUACCUGCCCUUCAGCUGGGUGGAGAAGUACUUCGACGUGUACGGCAAAGUGGUGCAGUACGACGGCUACGACCGCUUCGAGUUCCAGCACAGCUACUCGAAGGUCUACGCGCAGCGGGAGCCGUACCACCCCGACGGGGUCUUCAUGUCCUUCGAGGGCUACAACGUGGAGGUCCGCGACCGCGUCAAGUGCAUAAGUGGGGUGGAAGGCGUCCCUCUCUCCACCCAGUGGGGCCCUCAGGGAUACUUCUACGCCAUCCAGAUCGCCCAGUACGGCCUGAGCCACUACAGCAAAAACCUGACGGAGCGCGCCCCCCACGUGGAGGUCUACGACACGGCCGAGGACCGGGACGGCCGCGCCGGCGCCGCGCCCUGGACCGCGUCCAAGGGCUGCGUCCUCAGCCGCGUCCACGACAAGAGCCGAGCGACCUCCGUGCGGCAGUUCAACGCGCUAGAGUCCUCUGAGGGCGUGUCCCUCCAGCUGGGGAACUCCAAGGACUUCAUCCUCAGCUUAGACGUCAAGUUUGUGUCCAACGGCAGCGUGUCGGUGACCUUGGAAACCACGGAGAAGGGCCCGCCGUUCACCAUCCACUACGUGACCAACGCGCAGCUCAUCGCCUUCAAAGACCACGAGAUCACGUACGGCAUCGGCGCGCGCGGCGCCUGGAGCACGCUGACCCGCGACCUGCUCACCGACCUCAGGAAGGGCGUCGGCCUGUCCAACACCAAGGCUGUGAAGGCCACAAAGAUCAUGCCCAGGCGGGUGGUGAGAUUAGUCCUGCACGGGCGGGGCUUCGUGGACAACGUCACCAUCUCCACCACGGCGCACAUGGCCGCCUUCUUCGCCGCCAGCGACUGGCUGAUGCGCAACCAGGACGAACGGGGCGGCUGGCCCAUCAUGGUCACCCGGAAGCUGGGCGAAGGCUUCCGGCCCCUGGAGCCCGGCUGGUACUCGGCCAUGGCCCAGGGCCAGGCCAUGUCCACGCUGGUGAGGGCCUACCUUCUCACCAGGGAGCCGGCGUACCUCAACGCCGCCCUCAAGGCGGUCGGACCCUUCAAGGUGCCUUCGGCGCAGCACGGGGUCAAGGCCGUGUUCAUGAACAAAUACGACUGGUACGAAGAGUACCCCACCACGCCCAGCUCCUUCGUGCUCAACGGCUUCAUCUACUCCCUGCUGGGACUCCACGACGUGAGCGACACCGCCGGGGAGAAGCUGGGCCGGGAGGCGGGGCUGCUGUUCGCCCGCGGCAUGGAGUCGCUGAAGGCCAUGCUGCCGCUGUUCGACACGGGGUCCGGCAGCAUCUACGACCUGCGGCACUUCAUGUUGGCCACGGCGCCCAACCUGGCCCGCUGGGACUAUCACACCACGCACAUUAACCAGCUGCAGCUGCUGGCGUCCAUAGACAACGCGCCCGUCUUCAGGGAUGUGGUCAAGCGCUGGAAAAACUACUUGAAGGGGAUUCGUGCCAAGCACAACUGACCACACUAACUCCCCGGAGAUGACUGAAUACACCCGACUCUUUAACGGGUGGUUGAAUGUGAGGCGAGUGCUCACGUUCUGUGUGUGCGUGUGUGUGUGUGUGUGUGUGUGUGUGUGUGUGUGUGUGUGUCUCAGUUCAUAAUCUAAAGGAGAUUUUUCAGCUGCAGUUGGUAACAUUAAACGUUUCUUUUGUGCUCUAUUGCAGGUUUGGUGUUCUCUGCACCAGUGACUGUAGCUCUGCCUCCUGUGUUAAUGCUUGAGCUGGUGUUUGUAAUUAUGCACAGACCUAGUUUCAGAGUGUGUGCGUUCUGGAAGAACGUGUGUGUGUGUGUGUGUGUUUUAGAGUAAGACUAUAUGAUGUUAGAGGCAAAUAAAAAUGUUUUUUGUUUCUUUGACAACUUCAUCCGAGUUUUGCAAAGUUUAUAUAAAAACAGAUCAACAAAAGAGGGAACCAGACUGUGUUAUGAGGAGGAUAAACACCUUAUCUCGUUAAUAUGAAAUACUGAAACGUUUGGGAUUCAAAUCCUGCACUGUAAAGCUAUUUUUAUGAGAUAAGCCGCAAGACACAGAUGUUUUAUUUCAAGACGUAUUUUUAGACGCGCCAUGUUUAAGCUGUCAGGUGAUCAUUCUGCUGUUUUUCCUUUGUAGAAAAGUGUGAUGCUUCCAAACUGGCUGCUUCCAGUUCUCUUUGGAGUCUUUUUCAUCAAACGACAAUGAAUACUUUGAAAUAAUUCGAGGAGAGAUUACAUUGAUUCUGUAGUGAAUAUCUUUUCUUUCCUUUCCUUCAAAUAUUAAGUUACAGCAUUCGGUUUCUGUCUAGAGAAAUAAGCGCCUCCAACCCACCACAUAUGGAUCCGGACGGUUAAAGUGGUUCUGCUCCUUAGUUCCUACCCACAAUUCCACUGUGUGUUUUUGAGCUGUUGUGUAUCCACAUCUGGGCAGGGGUGACUGACUGCAGGUAGCAUGCAGCCUCAGCACCGGUGUUCCCGUUAUUGUCCCUGAGAUGAUGAAUAAUGUGCUUUAAAUUGGACCCGUCGAUGCAGAAGUCACGGCAUUUCUUUUACCUUUUCAGGAUGUUUAAAGACGGCAAACUGUCUGCUACUUUUCUUCGUCUGUAACCAGACGCCACUCCAGUCCCUCGAGUGGUACAAACAAACUCAAUUAUUCAUGUCCCGCUGCGAAAAACACGGCUGCAAAUAGUUAGCUUUGCAUCACUUUGAGAUCGCCUCAUUAGCACAUUUUGGGGUGAAAGCAGGGAAGUUGUGAUUGGCCGAACAUAUUUAACCCCCUCGUGUCGGGCUUCUCUAGAAGUCGACACUGAUGAUUCUCAGUGUGCAGACGCCACUCGAUUACUACUUCUAACUAAGUCUGACCAUUAUUUAUAAAUAAUUAGCGUCAUUAUUAAGCUCGAUACACAUGCUGAUAAAGUCAAGCUAACAUUAAAUUGCGUGUAUCCGGACGGGGGGGGGACGGGGGGGACGGAGCGGUUCGCACAGACAAAGGCGGGAGAACUGAAGGUCGAGGCUGAGAGGCCCUCAGCAUCCACAAAGCUUUUAUGUUUCUACAGUAAAUAUUAUUUUAUUAUACUCCACAAGAGGCUUUUGGUUAUUUUUAUGUAAUCUUUCCACCGUCAGGAUGCCGUACUGUGAGCCGAGCGUUGGGUAGAAAAACAAGCGUUUUCUUCAUAAAGUUCGACGCCGGCAGCUUCGUCUGUGACGUAACUGCCUGCAGUCGGGACUGAGGCAGGAGUUUGUAAUGUUUCAGGAAUAAGGUCAUGGCAUUGAAAGGAAAAUGAAACAUCUUUUGCAAGGAAAAAGGUGACUUUAUCCAAAUAUAACCACUUUUGUCAUAAAAUAUUUUUUCCUUCCACUUUAUUCCUGACGUGUUUUGCCCCCGUUCCUCCAAACCCUUUUGAUUUUAUCUCCAAGAUUUUUCUUGACUUGUAUUCUGUGGGUGAAGGAACAAUAUUGAUGUUUUUAAAGUAAAAGAUAUCAAAUAUCCCAGAAAAGAAGUAUGAAGGAACGUUUUCUUUAAUACGUUUUUUGCACGCUUGCUGAUUUCUUUUUUUUGUGUUGUCUUCCUCAUCCAUUUGCCAUUUCAACGAGACAGGUUGAAAUAUGUCAUUCAGGAACAGAUGUUUCGUGUUUUGAAAUACUGAUUUAUUUUCUUUAUACCAAAGUCAUUCAUUUGAGUGUAUUGGAAGUUCCCCGUUUCUGUGCAAAGCGAUUCCCAUUCAGCAUUUAACGAUGUUAGGUCUCCUAGGAGACGUCGCUGCGAGACACUGCCUUUUGACAAAUGCUAGUUUUUCAAAUGUAGGUUAAAUUAUAGCAGAAGAGAAGAGGCAUAAAACUUAAAGCUUAUCGUAAAGGGAAAGUGUGCAACUAGAGAUCAGUACGUGAGUUUUUCUUCUGUUUGAGUCGAGUUUGUUCGUUUGUAAUCUUUUAAGCAAAUGAGUUAGAUGUUUAAUUCGAUCGUCAAAAGCACAAAAGCGUUUUUUUCCAAUAUUUUUGUGGCAUUUUUUUUUUUUUUAAGACAUUUUGUGCGACGCCUUUGUUUUGAUCGCUGCGAUGAUUGUUCACCGUGCAGCAGGUAUCACAGCUCCUUUUAUUCAUUUCAGUGUUUUUGUUUCUUUCCCACGCGUGACCGCCGAGGUCAAAUGUGAUUUAUGCAAUAAAAUGUUUACUGGGGUCGUGAACGCCACAGGAGACCCAGAGCGGAUGUACGGACUUUGCAAUUCAAGCACAAUGUGCAAAUGCUACCAUGUUUUUAGUGGGAGAGAGGCGUUUAUAUACAGAGUAAAUCUUUGUGCUUUAAAGAUGUGUAAAAAAAUAAAAGCAUUUUUCUUAAU